AUGGGUGACUCGUUGGAACAAGAAUUGGAUUUUGAUUUAGAGAAAACAAUCAGUUUGGCUUGCGAAUGGGCAAAAGAAGGAAAUCAAAAAGGACAAAUUGAUUAUAACUCACAAAUAGAAUUAUCAUCUCACGAACGUUUGGAUGCCAUCCGAAACGAUAUAACCACUAAGACUUUUAAUCGUUUGAUUUCAUUACUUAAACUUAACGAUGAACUGGUAAGUCAGGAGACUUCCGAGAAGGACACUCCAGUCUCAACUGACGAAAGAGUAGAAGACAUUCUACAAUCAAAUAGUCCUCAAGUCUCGAAUAAUUUAACAAUGGAUGAGGAUAAAAUCAAAUUGAAGUUCUCAAGAUCGUGCACGCUUCUCAAAAACACACCUCCGCCUUCUCGAACUCGUAAAGAAAGACAGUUGAUUCGACGAAGUGGUCCUGUCAUGGGUUCUGAGAGAACCGUGCAUCACCUUCAAGGAUUCCGAGAAAACCGUGCAUCACGUUUACGAUAUGAUGUGAUAAACACAUAUAAGAUCGAAAGAAGAAAAACUUGUGAACCUAUUUUCCUCCGGAAUCUAAUCGGCUAUUAA